UUCUGUAUAUUCGCGUCCAUAAUAACAUACAAAUAUAUAUUUAAUUUACCAUUGGAUUCCUGGAGCUUUGUUAUCUGUAUAGUAACAACCUCGAAAGCAUUUUCUAUUCUUCGCCCACUACCUUGUAGUUGGUCAUCAUCCGUGGUUCGCAUGUCGAGUCAUAGCGCCUACCUCAUGGUGAGGUAUUCACCCAUCGAUACAUCCCUGAGAGAUAGAUCUUUCGUGACCGCGUUAACUUCUGGGCCUCAUUUUAUAGAAGGGAGUUUUUUAAUCUCAUCCCAUUGUUGAUACGCUAGCAUUCCUUGACUAUAUAGUUGAUUAGGCACGCCCUCGAUAGUCAAUUCUACUUUUGUAAUCUUGGGAUUGUAGAACUUCUCGGUAUUUCUUUUAAAUGCUUCAGAAGGGUCCUUGCACAACAUUAAAAUGCCCUUCAACGAUCUCGUGGGGAUGUUUAGAUUGAUAUUCCACAUCGUAUCUUUUUUGCUCCUCGUGAUCUUUUGAUGUCGAAGCAGACGAUCGUACAAAAUAGCUAAACUUCCGGUUUACUGGUUUCGAAUUUGUCUGGCUAAUUUGGGAUCUGCUACCAUAUCAUACUCCAGUGAGAUAUUGUCAAUGGAAUAGCUAGCAUCUUCAGCAGCUCUGAUUACUCUACCGUAGUCAUUAAAAGUGAGUUCGCGUAUUCUAACCUAUCACCUAGGGAUGCUUGAUAGAAGGGCAUGUGGGAAUCUAGUAAUUCAAAGUCGAGCGGAAUAUAGAAUCGGCUACCUAAUGCAUCUUUUACGAUUGUAUUAUCACCAUUAUCAGCACCCACACGCAGUCUCAAUGUGUUCCGAUUACUAAUAUCCUGGCCCCGAGGUUAUAAAACUUCCCUGAGUACGAUUUCAUGCUCAAAUCCGGUUUAGUGCUCAACUCAAAACUCAGACUCAAUAAACGGAGGUUAUAAAUAAUCUGAGUACGUUUUCGUGCUCAACUUGAGCAUGAAAUCCGUACGAUCUCAAGUACGCUUUGGACCGUGCUCAACGCUGAGUUCGACAACAACAAUGGCAGCUCACCUGCGACAGACGUGACAAGCGAGGCGGAAAACCCGUGUUCCGGGAGUCUUUCGAGAUCGUUCUAACCCGCUGGAAGAUUUAGAUGUGGAUGAAGUUUUUGAACGUUAUAGAUUUAGGCCAAAUACUAUAAUAUGUUUACUUGGUCUACUCAAUAUAACCAGAGCGACAGCUCGUAACUGUGCGGUUCCACCACUGUUGCAGUUGCUGGUAUGCCUUCGCUUUAUGGCGACAGGGGCUAUGCAUCUGCUGGUUGGGGACAGCCUAAACAUUUCCCGAUCUACAGCCGGCAGAUGCAUACACGCAGUUUCGUUGGAAAUCUCCAAACUGUCAGGAAGGUUUAUUAAAUUCCCAGUUGGAGGAGACGCUGUACGAGCGAAGGAGGCAUUCGGCAACAUUGCAGGAUUCCCUAACGUAGUAGGGUGUAUUGAUGGAACGUUCAUCCGGAUACAGCGGCCUACCAGGAACGAGGGAGACUUCGUGAACCGAAAAGGUUACCAUUCCCUGAAUGUACAGAUGUGCUGUGAUGCAAAUGUCUGCAUCACAAGUUGCAACGCCAGCUGGCCGGGGUCUGUACAUGACAGCCGCAUUUUCCAGACGUCAGCACUGUGCAGGCAAUUUGAAAAUGGACAGUACAAAGGUUUUCUGCUGGGGGACUCUGGCUACCCACGUCGUUGGUUCCUCCUGACGCCUCUACUGAACCCCACCAACCGAGCAGAGGAACGUUACAAUGGGUCAUUGUGCAGGACAAGAGUGCUCAUUGAGCAGACCUUUGGUGUCCUGAAACGGCGGUUUCAGUGCCUGCACAAUGAGCUCAGGGCGACCCCAAGACAGGCUGUGACCUAUGUUGUUGCAUGUGUUGUGUUGCAUAAUUUGGGUAUUGAAAGGGGGGAUAUUAUAAAUCAUGAUGAAAAUCUAAUGCCUCCAUCUUCAAAUGUGAAUAAUUAUGUGCCACCGGUUACAGGUCAAAAUGAUGGAGCUGAUGUGAGACGGCACAUUAUUCAGACAUUUUUUAGUCGAUAAGCAUAGGAACAUUUAUUCCUACAAUUUAAUCUAUCUGAAUUUGUGAUUUCAAAUGUAUAUCAUCUUAAUUAAUGAUCGUGUGAGUGGUAUUGCUCAGUAAGUCAGAUAUGUCAUGACAGUUAGACUUGAAUACAUAAUCAAUUUGGUCAUUUAAUGUUUUAUUCAGAUACAAGCAGUGCACAAAAUGGAACAAUAUUUAAUUUGUAUAGUCUGGCCAUGCCAACAGUGCAGAUUUAUUUGUUGUUUAACUCCUUACUCAGCAAUAUUCCAGCUAUAUGACGGAGGACUGUAAAGUAAUUGUGUCUG